AUGACGGCUCAGCAUGCCGUGCAUCUCGUGGUGACAGGCACCGUAUUUGCUGCACCAGACCAGACCAAGACAGUUCAACUCCACCAACCGUUGUGGAACUGGGCUCGAGACGAAACUGGGCCUUCCUUAGGAGCACAUCCCUUUCACGUUUUCGCUUUGGAUGUUAAAAAGGAUCGAGUGGAACUGGAAACGCACGCCUUGAAUCCGGGGUCGUCUUGUUGUGCAGAUGGGAACCAGCGGAACACAACCUAUCAGUAUCUAUCAAUUACUAACUGCAUCACGGUCAUCUCAGGGUUGACAAGUGGUGAUGCCUGA